GCCACAAAAGAAUAAAGGAUAGCGGUCGGCUACCGCCCGUAAUGGCUGCAGCUUUCGUUUCCUUUUGCGUCAUUUUGCUGUGUUUCGUCAGUUUCAUUCUGAAACGUGUUUUGUAUACGUUAAAUUUCUCUAGAGUUCCUAAUCAAGCACUCAUAUACGUAUUAUUAUAAGAAAAAGAUUUUUUUUAUAGAGAAUUCAACAUGGGACGCUAUAGAAGUCGUAGUCGUGACAGAGACAGGAGACGCAGAUCAAGAACAAGAUCUCGUAGUCGAUCACCUAGAGAUAGAAGAAGUUGGGGUGGAGGUGCUGGUCGUGAUAGAGGUAUCAGUGGUCGUAACAACCGAGGUCAACCCGGAGCUAAUUUGAGAAAACCUAGAUGGGAUCUUAGUAGAUUAGAGCCUUUUAAAAAAGAUUUUUAUAUACCGACUGACGUUGUACAGAAUCGUGAUCCACGUAUGGUAGAACAAUAUAGAAGUGAAAAAGAAAUAACUUUGAAAGGAAAAAAUAUACCAAAUCCUGUUUUUACAUUUGAAGAAACAGGUUUUCCUGAUUAUGUACUUAAAGAAAUCAAAAGGCAAGGUUUUAGUGAACCUACGUCAAUUCAGGCCCAAGGAUGGCCAAUAGCAUUAAGUGGACGAGACAUGGUUGGAAUUGCAUCUACGGGAUCUGGUAAAACAUUGUCAUAUAUACUUCCUGCUAUUGUUCAUAUUAAUAGCCAACCGAAAUUAAGCCGAAAGGAUGGCCCAAUAGCAUUGGUAUUAGCUCCUACAAGAGAACUUGCUCAACAAAUACAACAGGUCGCCGAUGACUUUGGUCAUUCAUCGGGUAUAAGAAAUACUUGUUUGUACGGCGGUGCUCCUAAAGGGGCUCAGGCUAGAGAUUUAGAUGGAGGUGUCGAAAUAGUUAUAGCUACACCAGGUAGAUUGCUAGACUUUUUGGAAUCAGGAAGAACAAAUUUGAAAAGAUGUACAUAUUUAGUAUUAGACGAAGCAGAUAGAAUGUUGGAUAUGGGAUUUGAGCCACAAAUUAGAAAAAUUAUAGAACAAAUAAGACCGGAUAGGCAAACAUUAAUGUGGUCAGCUACUUGGCCGAAAGAAGUGAAGAAUUUGGCCGAAGACUUUCUUAAAGAUUAUGCCCAAAUAAAUGUCGGAUCUUUACAGCUUGCAGCAAAUCAUAAUAUUUUACAGAUAAUCGACGUGUGCCAGGAUUAUGAAAAAGAGAAUAAAUUAAGUACUCUUUUAAAGGAGAUAAUGGCAGAAAAUGAGAAUAAAACUAUAGUAUUUAUUGAAACGAAACGUCGAGUUGACGAAAUUACAAGAAAAAUGAAACGCGAUGGUUGGCCAGCUGUUUGUAUCCACGGAGAUAAGACGCAGCAAGAAAGAGAUUGGGUAUUACAAGAUUUUAGAUCAGGCAAAGCACCUAUUCUUGUUGCAACAGAUGUAGCUGCACGUGGUCUUGACGUUGAAGACGUCAAGUUUGUUAUCAACUUUGACUACCCUUCUUGUUCAGAAGAUUAUGUUCAUCGAAUUGGACGUACAGGUCGACGACAAAAAACUGGGACUGCUUAUACAUUCUUCACACCUAAUAAUUCUAACAAGGCUAAUGAUUUAAUUCAAGUAUUAAAAGAAGCAAAUCAAGUUAUAAAUCCAAAACUUUUAGAACUUGCAGAAGGAAAAUCUGCAGCUUAUGGAAGGCAUAGAGGUGGAAGAAAUCGAUGGCGAACUCGAACAGGUCGUAAUGGUAAAGAACGAAGUUAUACAAGAAGUCGAAGUCGAAGUCAUAGUAGAGAACGUAAUGGACGAACGAAUCGUCGAAGUUAUAGUCGUAGUUAUUCCCGUAGUCGUAGUCCAGUGAAUAAUCGUACGGAAGUUAUUGGAAAAAGUUAUUGGAGUAGCGAAAGAUGAUCUUCUAGUAAUUAGAUUACAAGACAAUGAUAUAUAACGCAUGUAAAUUCUUACAUCUGUUAUAAGAUGAAAGUAAUGUGUGUGUUAUACAUAUGUACUGUAAAAUCUCUAUUUAACAAUAUUCUUAUCAUGCAUAUAGCGUGUACUUUAUAAUAGAGUAUACAAUUGAAUAUUAUUAAUUCACGUGAAUCUCUUUCAUCCAUUUUUAUUUACCAUCUAUUUAUAUACAAAUACAUAUGUGCACAAUAUUUUCAAGAUUCUGUAACAAAAAUGUUUUGUUACAAAGACAAAAAUUAAAAAAAA